CUCCUUCACACUCGCAUCUGCGCUUUUCAUCCCUCGACUCUGUGUCUCCUUCUGUCCUAUUCUAUUUUGUCCUGUUCAUUGUUCAUCUUGUCCUUUUCUGCCUAGCUUCUGUCGUUUGUGAUUUUCAUCCUCGAUUACUUACCGUCUGGCGAAGAGGCAAGUAUGCUGGGACUCGCGCAGACAUAUACCAAGGUCACCUCCGUCUUCUCUAACAACCAUGCCGGAUAUCAGCCUCUCGAUCCCCCAAGAGGUGCCGUUCAUGUCGUCCAAAGCAAGGGUUCCCGAUUCACGCGCAAAUUACUACUGGCAUCGAUCAUCGUUUCCAUAGUAGUUGCGCUGGCUUUUCUUGUGAGUCACACUUGCAUCACGUCCAUGGUUGCAGCCUUGGCCAUGGCACAUCACUGAUAUUUUUGUCUGCGCCAGGAACAUUAUCCAAGCAACGGAGGCGAUGGGGCGUCAUUAUGGUCGAGUAGUCCAAUGGCGCUACCAAAGGCCAAUUUACA